UUAUCCAUGAGCAGAAUCAGUCCAAUUGUCCUAUGGGGAAUUGUAAUUAUUGCUAUUGUGUUCUUUGUGUUUGGUCUUCUUCAUCUUCUUCUUAGGUGUUGUUUAAAGAUUUCAUCUUUUUCAUCAAUUUCUGAAUCUAAUAGAUUCCCUGAAUCAUCUGGUUCUCAAGUUAUUCAAAGGCAACUUCAACAGCUAUUUCGUCAGCAUGAUUCUGGUUUAGACCAAGUUAUCAUUGAUACUCUGCCUCUGUUUCUCUAUAAAGAUAUUAAAGGCCUAAAGGAGCCAUUUGAUUGUGCUGUUUGUUUAUGUGAAUUUUCAGAACAUGAUAAGCUCAGAUUGCUCCCUUUUUGUAGCCAUGCUUUUCAUAUUCAUUGUAUAGACACAUGGUUACUGUCAAACUCAACUUGUCCUCUAUGUAGAGGCAUUAUUAGUUCCACAGUUUCUAUGGGAAAUCCCUUAUUGGGCUCAAUCGAAUCAAGAGAACAAUGGAGUUUCCAUUUGGAAGAUGGAAUUGCAAAUGAUGAAAAGCCGGACAAUGUUGGAGAAAUGAGAGUAUUUUCUGUUCGAUUAGGUAAAUUGAAGAGUCUAAAUGAAGGGGCCGAAAAUCAUGAAGACAAAAGUACUCAAGGGGAAAUCAUCAGCUGUAAUUUAGAUGCAAGGAGAUGUUUCUCCAUGGGUUCAUUUCAAUAUGUUGUUGGUGAUUCAGAGUUACAAAUCGCGUUGCCUAAUGUGAAGAUUCUAAAAGCUAAGUGUGAGAACACUAUUUUUGGGGCUAAUGCAGAAGGAAAAAAGAUCAGUGCUAGGACUAAAGGUGAGAGCUUUUCUGUUUCAAAGAUUUGGCUUUGGUCCAAGAAAGGCAAAUUCUCAAAUUCUUCAGAAAUAAAUAUUGGUGGACCUUCUGUUAAUAUUGAUAUACCAAUGACUAAAACAACACAAUUUGUGUAAACUUGUAUUGAAAAAUUUGUAUUGCUUUUAGCAUAGUUCUGAGAUAUACAUCAAAUGCCCACAUACUCUUCUCUAUUCC